AUGAUCCUCAGCGAGUGGCUGUAUUCAAAGAGAAGGGUUUGUGAUAUAAUGACCCACUCAGUGACGGACACUUCUCGUUGCCUACUUUGCUUUCUUCAGGCUGGAGCCAAGGUGUCUCCCUCCACUCUGUUUGCAGUGGCCAGUAUACAGGAGGGCUGCGCAUACAUCAACGGCUCCCCACAGAACACCUUUGUGCCGGGGGCUAUAGAGCUGGCCAUGCAGAAUGGCGUGUUCAUCGGCGGCGACGACUUCAAGUCCGGUCAAACUAAGAUCAAGUCGGUGCUGGUGGACUUUCUGGUCAGCGCAGGUAUCAAGCCGACCUCCAUUGUCAGCUACAACCACCUCGGCAACAACGACGGGAAAAACCUCUCGGCCCCGCAGCAGUUCCGCUCCAAAGAGAUCUCCAAGAGCAACGUGGUGGACGACAUGGUCCAGUCCAACCCCAUACUGUACAAGCCUGGAGAGAAACCUGACCACUGUGUGGUGAUUAAGUAUGUUCCUUAUGUGGGCGACAGCAAGCGUGCAAUGGAUGAGUACACUUCUGAAAUAAUGAUGGGAGGCACCAAUACUAUCGCACUGCACAACACCUGUGAGGACUCUCUACUAGCCAGCCCGAUCAUCCUGGACCUUGUCAUCCUGACGGAGCUUUGCCAGCGCGUGACCGUCAAGCCCCAGGGGGAGGACUUCCAGUCCUUCCACAGCGUCUUGGCGCUUCUCUCCUUCCUCUGCAAAGCCCCGCUGGUCCCAUCAGGGACUCCGGUCAUCAACGCCUUCUUCCGCCAGAGGUCCUGCAUAGAGAACGUCAUGAGAGCGUGCCUUGGCCUUCCCCCUCAGAACCACAUGAUGCUGGAGCACAAGCUGCAGAGGAACUUCCUGCCUCAACCUGCAGCCUUCAUCUCGGACGACGUAGCCUCUUUGAAAAAGGUUCCCGCCCUUACCAACGGGAGUCACAGACCGCUAACAAAUGGCAUAUACGCACAUGCGGACGAUGCAGCUCGUGCAUUAUGACUGCAAGUACAACACUACAGCCCAAAACAGAACUGAAACUUAAGACAACUGAACAUAAUACCUUGUUUGAAAAGAACAAAGACCCUCAUUGACCAAUCAUUGCUAAACCGCAACUUUUAAACCUUUUAGGUGAACUUAAUUUAAAUUUCAGAUAUUGUGCAGUAGGUAAAGUUUUUUUUUUCUUUUUCUUUUUCGUCUCCUCACUGAUCUUCAUUCAUGUAGCAUCAUCUUGGGCUCACAGUUUUGUGUCCAAUGCAAAUGUGAAAUAUAACUGUACAGCAUACUUACAUAUCUUUGAAUAGGUUUUACCAGCCACUGUUCAACUGAUCUUGCAGCUGUGACAAUGGAUCCGAUAACUGCUGUACUGUAUCUGUUGUGUUAGUGGAUGUCCUGAGGGACAUCUUCUUCUCUCUAUUGUUGACAUUCUCUGUAUCCUCCCAGAUGUUUUUGUGUGCCGUGGGCUAUUUAUAUAAUCAAUAAACAUUGAAAUAAAUCCACCUUAA